AAGAAGAGAAUGAAAAAAAAAAAAAAAGAAAAGUCACCGGACCGGAGUCGAAAGUCGAAAUCUCUGGCGGCUCCCAUAAAUUGCCCAUAGAUUUCUUACUUGCUCGGAACGAAACAUGGUUUCGGAGACUGAAUAAAAUAUUCGGAGCAGAAAGGGCACUGAGAAACGGAAGCAAACGACGGCAAGAGGGGGGGGAGAGAAGAACGUUCUAGAAAGACACGAGGGAGGCCGAGAAAUGGUGCUGUGGGAGAUCACGUUGGGGACGGCGUAUUUCCUGGGGCUUAAACGGACUUACAGGCUCGCUUUGAGGAUUCAACGCCGCAUUAUCAGCCCUAAGCGUCUCAAGAUCCGCCAAUUCGUUCAGAGACGGACACGCACUGUAUUUGAUGUAGCGCUCAAGGUUCACAAGAACAUACAGCAGGGAGACUUGGAAGUUGGGAGAAGUGUUGGUAACCGUAUACUGCGGUGGCUGGACAGGAUGAAACCAUCAGCUCAGAUCCGUGGGCACCCUGAGAAACCACCACAUGGAGCUACUAGUGCAAACACGAACCUGACAAAGCAGGUGACAGACUCAUCCCACGUGAAGAAUCCUGGUAGCAUCCCAACAUCAAGAAACAACGAAUCCAACAGGCAUCUUUUUAGCUCAUCGACAAGCAUGUGGUCUAAUUCAUUUCCUACCAUUGCAAAGAUGAUGCGACCAACAAGGCCCACUGGAACUAUGACCCAGUAUAGGCAUUUGUACAUCAGCAGACCUGAUGCAUCAAGGUUGAGCUACACUAGUAGAGGUAGCUUUGAGGGUGUUAUUCGGAAGGACAUCAUGCAAUGGAUGCUACAAAACUAAAGGGGAAGAUUUAUCCUGUUUGCCAUGGUGGAGUGUUGAAGAUAUAUACAUAUAUGAAAGAGGCAAAAUCGAGGGACCUAUAAAAACUUGACUGAAAGCUUCUCAUUAUUUUUCAUUGUGAUUUGUUUCCUUUUGUUUAUACUCUCAUUCUUGAUAUCACAAAUGAUGUUAAUAAAUCUGGGAAGAAUUA